AACCUCCAGUAGCUAGCAGAUGCUUUUUUCUAAGAUACUCCAUCGCGUAGAACUCAUCUGCACUGCUUGGUCACAAGUUCAUUCAUUCAAAUUCUAGGAGUGGAGGUUAACUAGCAUUCCAGCAAAAUCGCUGGCGAUCACUGGACUGCAACUUACGUUCCGGACAUGCGAAGACGCGGGAAAUUCUUGAAGCGAGAUUUCCAUAUGGAUCUUUAUGUAGCAAUGCAUCCAUCUCGUACUUGCAACGUACAAAACCCCUAGAGUCAAGAUUGCCCGCUGCUUGGCCUCCAAGGCUCCGGCUCGAUCUGAUCAGUGACCACAAAGGAAGGCCUCCAAUUUUAGCCCCCUAGAAAUAGCCUACUACUCACAGGCUCAAGAUCACAAAAUCUCGUACAAAUUUCUCCAUCGAGUCCAGGAGAUCGAUGGCGUCUGCUCUUGGUGGCUUCCAUCUCCGAGGCCAUGCUCUGGUGGUGCUCGUGGUAGCGGUGCUGAGCCUAGCACAUCGCUCCAUGGGGGCCAGGAGGCUCAUGGAGCUGUACGAGCCGGAUCCCAGCGAGCAACUCACGUACCACAACGGCACCGUGCUGGGCGGCGACAUCCCCGUGUGCGUCCUCUGGUACGGGCGCUUCACGGCGGCGCAGAAGGCCAUCGUGUCCGACUUCAUAGCGUCCCUCGCCGCCGCGCCGGGAGACUACCCCGUCCCGUCCGUGCCGCAGUGGUGGAGCAGCAUCGACCGGCUGUACCUCGCCAAGGCGGAGGCGGCAGGCAAGAAGGCGCGGGUGAUCCUGUCCGGCCAGGUCUCGGACGAGGGGUGCUCGCUGGGGAGGAGCCUGACGCUGUCCCAGCUCCCCGCGCUGGCGGCCGCGGCGAAGCCCGCGAAGGGCGGCGUCGCGCUGGUGCUCACGGCGCAGGACGUGGCCGUGGAGGGCUUCUGCAUGAGCCGGUGCGGCAUGCACGGGUCGGACGCCAAGGCCGGGACGGCCUACGUGUGGGCCGGCAACUCGGCGGCGCAGUGCCCCGGCCAGUGCGCGUGGCCGUUCCAGCAGGAGGAGCCGCCGGUGCUGCCGCCCAACGACGACCUGGGCAUGGACGGGCUCGUGAUGAACGUCGCCAGCAUGCUCGCGGGCGCGGUGACCGACCCAUUCGGCGACGGGUUCUACCAGGGAGAACACGAGGCGCCGCUGGAGGCCGCGACGGCGUGCCCGGGGGUCUACGGCAAUGGCGCGUAUCCCGGCAAUGCUGGCGAGCUGCUGGUGGACAAGGCGACCGGAGCUAGCUACAACGCCAACGGGGCUCACGGGAGGAGGUACCUGCUGCCCGCGUUGUACGACCCCGCUUCAUCCGAGUGCGCAACGCUGGUUUGAAGAAAGAAACGCGUCGUCAUGGAGUGCGAAGCCAACGGCAGGAUCGCAUGACAUCGAGAUAUGGAAGUUAUGUGCAAAUGUUUCUUUUUCGAUAAUCAGGGGUUCUCCUCCAGCUCCAUUUCAUAUAAAAUGGAAUCAGAAAAUUUAGAAACAACACUCACUCACACCACUCACUAUUUUGUGGAGAAACAACCUUCAGAUACAGGACUCGUACAGCAGCAGAAAUCAAACAUACGGAGGGAACAUAUUACAACGCUCAGGCCCGAUAACAUGAAUGCUAUCAUCGAGCUGUGGAUGCCUCUUCAGAAACUCCAUUGUCCAUGUAUGGUUGCAUGUUGACGUGUGCCUUUUUUAUGCAUGAUUAUUGUGAGGUGGCAUACCAGCAUGUCAAGAUACUAUUUAGGUUUUCCGGCUCAAAAAAAGAAGAUACUAUUUAGGUUUAUAUAGCAAAAGGGUCUGUGCGUUGCAACGGGAGAAAGGAAAUUCUUAUCAUAAAAAAUAAUUUUGCAAAGGAAAAUUUGCCGCACAUUCUUCUCCGUGGAGCAAUAGUCUUUCUUAAAUGUGCCCAUGUGUUGCGACGGGAGAAAACACAAUAAAACGACCGAAAACCCUGCCCAUUUGCUCCACCCACACACACAGGUCCACGUCCUCUAUUUCCACAUCCUC